AUGGGAAAGAGCAAGAACAACGCUGGCAACGCCAACGCCGACGGUGCUGCCAGCGACAAGGUUCAGGUGCGUAUCGUUUCCUCCUUCGUGCUUGGCCAUUGCAUCGCGACAUCCUUGUACUUACACCUGGCUGCCCCCUUUGAUCGUGCACAGAAAUCCGCCGGCACCAUCGACUUCCUCUCCACCGAGGAGACGCUCGACUCUGCUCAACAGCAGGUACGCCUUCCUCACAUCUCCAAGCCUUUCGCUCGCGAGUCUUGGGAGCGUGCUCGGCCCUGGAUGCUCAUGCAGCGUCAAAAGCUCGAGGGCAUGGGCUGGGCUCCUGCCGACAAUGCUCGCGUGAGUGGGCUAGAUCGAGGCUACGGCUGUCAACAUUCCGAGAUGGCCGCUGAUCUCUUGCCUUGUUAUGCUACCACCCUGGUUCAGAUCGACCUUUACAGUUUGAAGAGGAACGCUCCUCACGGCUCCUUCACCGAGGACGGUUGUGAGUGCUGUCGUCCCCUUCGUCAAGGUGACUGUUGUGGUCGCUGACUGUUUUCCGGUCCAUCUUGAUCACUUCAAAAGUCGUCUACCUUCGUGUACCCAAAGCCUUCAUCAACUUCCAUCGAAGCGGCAAGCCCGAGGACGACAAGAAAGACGAAAGGACUCACCGUCACACUCGACGCAACAUUCACUCAACCGUCUACGGCAUUUCCGAUCCAUUGGUCUGGAAGCUGAAGAUCGACGCUGCCGAGUCGGACGAAGCGGACCGUGUGCCCAAUGUCGUCUUUGACGUUCUCGAGCCGAUGGAGAACAUUGCCUAUCUCGUCAUGACUCUAGCUCCCGGACUCAUCGUCCUCAACGCUUCUCGCAAGGACGCCAUGAUCCCCGGAUCUCACUCCACCGAGACCUCUCCAGGCGCACCGUCUAUCCGUCACCAAGCUCUCUUCGCCUCGUCAGAGGAGCUUACUCGCACGCUGGCCCCUGCUUUCUGGUACAAGCGCAAUGCUGAGCACCUCCGCAAGAUCCUCGGUGAUGUAGCUUUCGAAGCUACGCUUCGCGCCGCCGAGGACGAGGAGCGCUGUACCACGCGCAAACUGGGCGAAGUCGCCGAGAGAGUCUGGGAAGAGAUCCUUCCCGUCCAGGAGAAGAAGAAGAAGAGCAAGAAGACAUCCGGCAAGCGUCGCGACAGCACAGCCACCAACGCUACCGCAGCAGCGGAAGCUGGCAACAACGCGCCUUCGGCCAACUUCACCCCGAUGCAAGCUCCUGGUGUUGCUUGA